UAACUAAAUGCCUUUAAAGCAAUGUCAAACUUUGUAUUUGUUUUUAAACUUAAGGAUACCGAAGGGGUUAAAAAAUACACCACGGUUUGUUGAUCUGUUCUUUUGCUUUAGAAAAGGCUGACUUCGCCCCCUUGUAGCAGGCUUCACUCUUACCAGGAUAACGGCUGAACUUUAUUUUGAACUAGAGCUUUUUGGACUAGUAAUGUUUUGUACAGUUACAAAACAUUUUCGUUUGACACUAGUCGUGUAAUGUUUUGAAUAAUAUUUCAGUACGACUGCCUGUUGUCAUAGCAACAUAGCCAGGGCGAUGUCUUUUUUUUGCUAGCAGCUUAGUUGUUUUUGAGAAACUUUUUUCCCGUCUUGUUUCUCAACUGCUUUUGAAAUAAACAGCUGAAAACAAUUUUAGGUUAAUAAAAAAAGUAUUUAUGCAACGGUUGUUUGGGUUCCAUUCUGGACAAUUAUUUGGAAGAGUCACUUUAUUUUAUGUUUCCUGAUAAACUUCCUCAUUAGCCAGUGAGCUAACUUCACUGUCGUCAUGCAACGCUUUGCUCGGAAAUUGGGGGAAUGGGCUGUGACUAAUAUUAGUUACUGUAUGAGAUGACUCCGAUGACCUUCCUGGACAUCUUAGGUUCCUUCACAAUUCACCAAAAAUGUCAAGAAUAGCGUGGUAUCAAGAAAAGAUUGGAGCUUACGAUCAGCAGAUAUGGGAGAAAUCUGUGGAACAGGCUGAACUCAAGGGCAUUAGAAAUAAGCCGAAGAAAACCGGCCACAUCAAGCCCGAUCUCAUAGAUGUUGACCUGGUGAGGGGCUCCACAUUUAGCAAGGCCAAGCCAGAGAGCCCAUGGACUGCUCUGACCCGUAAAGGCAUGGUCAGGGUUCUCUUCUACCCAUUCUUCUUCAAGUGGUGGAUCCAGGUCACGUCCAAAUGCCUUGCCACCUUGAUUCUGGUGCUAUACUUCCUGCAAGUGGCAGCUGCUGUGCUGUUUAUCGAGGUGUCUGCAGCCACAGCCAGCGAGUUACUGGGUCCACUGUGCCUGAUGAUGCUAUUAGGAACAGUGCACUGCCAAAUAGUGUCCACUGAGUCAUCCCGGACCUCUGAGGGCAGCCUAGUGUCCAGCCUGGCCACUAUUCACACUACCAACCAGAAAACAAGCCCCUCUCGAAAGAAAAGACAGAGGAAGUUUAAAAAAGCGAAGAGAGCAGAUCAGGCAGAUAAAGGAGCAGCAGAGCUCAAGACUUGGAGCAGCAAGGAGAGCAAGCAGUUCUACAGAUCACAGAGGAACCAGAAUUCUCAGAGGAAGCAUGUGGAUGGGCUCUCUGAAGAGCUUUCCAGUGAAGAAGAGGAAGUUGAGGUAGCAGGGACACCGAGAGACAGACUCCUCCCAAAUCAACAUACCACUCCUGCUCCUGGACUCAGGAAGAGACUUCAGAAUGCCAAAGAGUCUGCAGCCACUACAAAGCAUCAGCAGAAACAUGAUGAUGGCGCGACAGUGAUCGCCACAGCAACGCCUCCUGAAGUGAAGCCGGCACAACCUGCUGAAGAUUCUCGGCCUGCCUCCGACUCAGACGAUAUGCUGUGGGAAGAGUUUCUGCAGGCUUCUGACUCUGCCUCCUCAGUAAGCAAUGAGAGCAGGGAUGAGGGGCUUCACAAUCCACAUAACCACACCCUGUCUCCACCCACUGUCCUCAGCAGUGAUGACGACAAAGCUUUCUCACAGCAACAGUUUUCAUGGCUUCAGGCUUGCCACCCUUCUAAAGACCGUGUGAGUGCCAUUAUCUGGGAGCAGGGUGAGUGCAAGAAGGCAGAUAUGUCCGUACUGGAGAUCAGCAGCAUCAUCCUCACACAGGUAAAGUUGGUGGAACAGGGAAUGGGUUACCUGGUCUUUGGAGGGCUGGUUACAGCCACCUUGGCCCUGCUCCCUUUCUGCUUCCGCUUGGCUCAGCAGCUUGAUAUGACACGUCUGAACUCUAUCACCCUCAAUGAACUGACCAUCAUGGCUGUCGGGAAGCCGAGUGCCUACUCCCUCGCGUUCUUCCUUAUCACCACUGUGGAGAGAGUCUUCCUCACCGGUCUCUUCUUCUUCAUGAUAUGUGUCGCUGAAAGAACGUACAAGCAGAGGCUGCUCUUAGCCAAACUCUUCAGUCACAUCACGUCAGCACGCAAAGCCAAAAAAUCUGCAAUCCCUCACUUUAGACUGAAGAAGGUGCAGAACAUCAAGAUGUGGCUUUCACUUCGAUCGUUCCUCAAGAGGCGGGGACCUCAGCGUUCGGUGGAUGUCAUUGUUUCUUCCAUCUUCCUCCUAGCUCUGUCCAUCGCAUUCACCAUCUGUGCGCAGGUGCUGAACAGCCACCACACGUUCCUGGACUGGGAGAGUAACUGGGAGCUGCUGGUGUGGGGCGCCGCUCUCCUCAUCUUCCUGCUGCGGCUGGCCACGCUCGGGGCUGAGACUAAUCAAAAGUACAGCAAUGCCUCUGUUCUGCUGACCGAACAGAUAAACUUGUAUCUGAAGAUGGAAAAGAAACCAGAAAAGAAGGACGACCUAAGCAUUGUCAACAAUGUCCUGAAACUGGCCACGAAAUUACUGAAAGAGCUAGACACACCGUUUCGUUUGUUGGGGCUGACGGUGAACCCCCUCAUCUAUAACAUUACCAGAGUGGUCAUCCUGUCUGCUGUUUCGGCUGUGAUCAGUGACCUGCUUGGCUUCAAUAUCAGACUCUGGAAGAUCAAACCGUGAUGUUACACUCCUGAACCCUGCAGAGUGAAAAUGCUCUGUGCUGCUAGAGGACCAAGCACUCUUACACGUGUGCAAAUCUACUGGCUAAAUCUACGCGUUCCUGUGAAUCCUCACAUCUAGAAUCGCUGGCUGAUUUCAUUCAUCAUUUUCACUUCCCUGGUCCAGGCGCCUGGUUUUUCUUUAAAUUUUUUUUUUAUGAACAUUUUCAAAAAAUUAUUUAUGGAGCUUUCCUUCUUACAACUAAUAUAAUGACCAAUUUUCAGACAUGAAUGAUGAGAUACACAUUCCAAAAAGUGUCAGUUUAGUGGCUUAUUUACACUGAGCAAGAAUUUCAUGCAUCACAUGUUGAUGCACCCUGUCCAGGGUGUACCCCGCCUUGUGCCCGAUGCUCCCUGGGAUAGGCUCCAGGUUCCUCCGCGACCCUGAAAAGGAGUAAGCGGUUGAAGAUGGAUGGACGUGUUGAUGCUACAUGAUGCUUAGUAUUCUGUUUCUGGAUCCAUGACCGGGAUACUUUUUCGACUAAUUGAAUUUCACUUGAUUGAUUUACUACAGUGUUUUUUUUUUUUUUUUUUUUUUUUACCUUUUAAGUGCCUGAGUUUUUAACCAGAAUUGGAAUUUAAAGGACUGCACAGUUAUAUUAAUUGAUUUCGUUCAUAUUUCUGCAACUGAUUUCUAGAUGUGAUGGAAAGUUCUUAAUGCACUUGUGUAUUUCUACAAACCGGUUUGAUUUGAAUUCUCUGAAAGUGUUACUCUUAAGAAAUACUUCCUGCUUAGAAAGUCACACCUUCACACAAAACCACUAAGUGCUUUAUGACUGUAUUAUGAAGAAUGUCUUUAACUAUGUGAGCUAUUUAUGGGAUCUAAGCAAUCAAAUUAGAAUGACCUGUGAAAACAUUUUUAAGGGGUUAUGAAAGAAUGAUAUGCUAUCUCCUUGUAAGUGCACUCGAUUUAAUUCAUAUUAAACAUGUUUCAUAAGUAGGAUUGAGGCUUGAUUAUACAUAAUACUGUACAGUAUAUUCCUCUUGAAUGAUCUCUUUAGACUCCUGUGUGUGCAUAUAGAACAGCUUCACUACUACUCUUCUUACUGUGAAUGAUUUAUAUAUACAAAAGUCCGGACGCAAUGCUAACUUUGUUACAUUCAGAUAGUUACAGAGCAGGUAGUUAAUAAUAUCUUUAUUAUCAUUCAACAAAAAAGCAGAAUUAUACAACUAAUUGGUUCUCUGCUUGUUUUAUAUUUGAAAUUUAGAGUUUUAUUGAUGCCUUUAUCCUGUAGACCUGAUUCUCAUCUCCAGAUCCUCCUGGAGCAAUAUUAAUCAAUGAGCACCGUCUUUUGGAUGAGACAUUAAAGUGAGGUCCUGACUAUCUGUGCUCGUUAGAAAUCCCAUGACACUUCUUGUAAAAGAGUAGGGGUAUAACCCCGGUGUGCUGGCAAAAUUCCCCUAUUGGCCCUUAUCUAUCCCUGAACUGGCUAUAUCACUCUCUCCUCUCCACUAAUAGGUGGUGUGUGUUGGGCAUUCUGGUGCACUAUAGCUACCAUCACAUCAUCCAGGUGGAUGCUACACACUGGUGGUGGUUGAGGAGAUUUCCCCCCAUACAAUGUAAAGCGCAGUGAGUGUCUAGAAAAGCGCUAUAUAAAUGUAACUGUAACUAACUAAUGAGGAACUUGCAUUGUCAGGAAUAAGGAAGAUAAACCGCAGGUGUAUUUUUGUUCCCUUCAAUGCUACACAGUCUAAUAAUCUUAUGUUCCUUUACAAAUAUUUUCUGCUGAAUACAAAGGUACCACUCCAGUGAAAAUGGAUCACUGUUGAUUGAAUAUUUCAGAAAAACCUCUUUGCUUAAACUUGAUUUCAGGAAGUUAUGGUGCUUGAUGGAAAGGUAUACCAACAAUAAUCAAAUACGGAUUAUACUAUAUGGCCAAACGUUUGUGGACACCUGACCAUAAACCUCAUAUGUGCAUUUUGAGCAUCUAGAUCCAGAUUUAUUCUCCCUUUGCUAUUAUAAUAACCUCCACUCUUCUGGAUGAGGAGGCCUGGGGUGCAGUUGACAUUCCAGUUCAUCACAAAGGUGUUCAGUGGAGUCGAGCUCAGGUUUCUGUGCAGGCCAAUCAAGUUUUUCACACUAUCCAUUGUUACCCAGAUGAGGACGGGUUCCCUUCUGAGUCUGGUUCCUCUCAAGGUUUCUUCCUCUUAACAUGUUAGGGAGUUUUUCCUCACCACCGUCACCACUCAGUGGCUUGCUCAGUUGGGAUAAAUUUGCACCUUUAAUAUCUAUAUACUGUGUUGAUAUUUCUGUAAAGCUGCUUUGAGACAAUG